AUAAAAACAUUAUCAUCAUAGAAAUUUUUUUUAAAAAAUGCCUCCGCGUUCUAUCGUCAAGAAAUUUCUUGCAAGGCCUCAACAUGAAGGAUUUGGUGCCGUUGUUAGACGAAGCAUCGGAAGGUUUGAGUUGAGAUAUUUUGAUCCUUUUCUUGUUUUGGAUGAAUUCUCAGUUUCUGCUCCUGCUGGUUUUCCUGAUCAUCCACAUAGAGGCUUUGAAACGGUCACAUACAUGUUGCAGGGAGCUGUGACACAUGAAGAUUUUGAAGGACACAAAGGUACAAUUAAAGCUGGUGAUUUACAAUGGAUGACUGCUGGAAGAGGAAUUGUUCAUUCUGAAAUGCCUGCAGCUGAAGGAACUCAAAAGGGCUUACAAUUGUGGAUUAAUCUCUCCUCCAAACAUAAAAUGAUACAACCGCGAUACCAAGAGAUACAAAGUGAAAGCAUAGCAGAAGUCACAAAAGAUGGGAUCAAGGUGAGAAUUAUAGCAGGGGAAUCACUAGGAGCAAAAUCAGCUAUAUAUACAAGAACACCAACAAUGUAUUUGGAUUUCACUUUAAAGCAAGGAUCACAUCUUCAACAACCAAUACCAAAAUCAUACAAUGCAUUUGUAUAUGUCUUAGAAGGUGAAGGUAUUUUUGGGCCACAUGAAGAAUCAUCAUCAAUAGGACCACAUAAUUUACUUUUAUUAAGUGGUUCUGGUGAUGGACUCGAUGCGUGGAACAAAUCAACUAAACCAUUAAGAUUUAUAUUGGUUGGUGGUGAACCAUUAGGUGAACCAGUAGCACAAUUGGGGCCUUUUGUGAUGAAUACACAACAAGAGAUUGAUCAAACUGUUGAAGAUUUUGAUAAUUACACUAAUGGUUUUGAAAAAGCUAAGCAUUGGAGGUCACAAGCUAGAAUUGGACUUGAUUAUUAGUGUCAAAAAAUGAUUAAAAUAGUUAAAUUAACUUUGGUAGUAGGUUCAAAAUAGUCCCUUUUAUAUUACUCGAGCAAUUUCAAUCUUUUAAGUUUGUCAAAGCUUAUAGUUUUUGCCUUUAUCAGAUAUUUAUCAAACAACGUGAAAAUAAAAAGAUAUAUGAAAGGCACUCACGAUUCACUAAGUA